AGAGCUAUCAAACACCUGACACACACACAAGCCACACGCUUUAACAGACCCAUGAAACCAUAAAGACAGAGCACGUAGGCAACUUCUUGACAACCAGCUCAGAUCUUCAUAUCUUAAGAUGCUGUCUUCUCGUGCACUGGUGCGGGGACUACAGUCUGGAUUCUGGAGGAGGUUGUCGACUUCAUCUGGAGCCUGGGCUGCACACACUCAUGAUGUUGAUGUGACUGACUGCAGUGUUCCUCAGUACAACAAUCGUCUGGACACCCCACUGCCAGAUGUUCCCUUCGUCAGAAACCUCAGUGCCGAACAGAAGAAACUCAAAGAGAAGGAGAAGGGGCCGUGGACACAACUCAGCAAGGAGGAGAAGCUAGCCAUAUACAGACUCACACAUGAGCUGUCCUUCCCAGAAAUGAGGAAAGGCUCCAAAGAGUGGAUGACUGUGCUUGCGGGCGUCUUCUUCUUCCUUGGCUUCACAGGGCUGCUUGUUUGGUGGCAACGUGUCUAUGUGUACGGCGAUGUUCCACACACACUCUCUCAGGAGUGGAUUGACAAACAGACGCAAAGGAUGUUAGAUAUGAAAGUGAACCCCAUCACUGGAUUCGCUCAUAAGUGGGACUACGAAAAGAAGCAGUGGAAAUAAGUACAUUGCGAUGUAACGACAGAGAAUGUAUCAGCUUUGCACUAAUGAGGCGUUCCAAACUCAAUGCUGUUUAACUGGCAGCCUUAAAAUAUAAACCUGUGUGAAAAUUCCAAUAAAUGCACUGAAUUGAACCCUGA